AUUUGUCUAGGUGAUGGUUGACGCGUGUUUGCAGUACAAGAAAACUUGCUCGCUUCUCCAUGAGUCCUUAAACAAGCUUCAGGGACUGGAUGAGCCAUCACAGGAGGUUGUGGAGAAUUGUAUGCAAUAUUUUGCACAGCUGAAGAAGUUUAACUGUAAAGCUCAACAGCAGUGCAGGAGAGUUCGUGAUAACACACGUCAGUUGAAAAAGAAGCUGGAUAGUACAGACUUGAUCCUGAAGAAUUUGCAGUUUGAAGAAAUUUACCUACAACGAGAAAUAACGAAAUGUCUGCAGUACAAGUCGGUGGAUGAGGAGUUGAGUCUGAUCCAGGAGAGCGAGUAUCUGAUCAGUUUAGGGGACGAGAAACCACCACCUGACCAGCACGAGCAUAUGUUACAACGCCUCAAGUGGGAACUCGAACAGCGCAAAGCGAUGCGUGUAGACCAGGAGAGAUGGGAGAAAUCUAAGGUGAGCUUGGAGGAAGAGAUCGCAGGACUGAAGGGUUACCUGGCUUCUCUACCUCCACAACUCGAGGAGAUGUUGGCUACAACAGCUCAGGUGCAGGAUUAUCUAGGAAUGAAGCUGGUUCAUAAGAAGACACAAGCGGAGAUGGCAGCUUGGCUACCCCCUCAACUCUACAACAUAUACAGUCAGGUGACAGGGUAUACGGAGUAUUUGAAGCUUGGAACUACAGUCACCAUCAACGGUGAUCUAGAGAUUGCUAAAAACCUCUCCACUGAUGAUGCUAGUGACGUGGAUGAGGUAGUCGAAAUUGAAACCAAACACUCGAAACGAAGGAGCGCUGUCAAUGAUCCCGGCAAGAAGAAAGUGUUUAAAGCUCAUCCUCUUACUGUUGAGGUAAUAGUUCCUUGUGACGAUGGAGUCCACGCUAAGGUCCUGUUCAGUUACCUGACCAAGUUGAAGGUUGUGACAGUUAGCAUCUCUCUUAUGAUCACCACUGCCAGUCCCUGGAGAGACAAGUUCUCUGUUGGAACGGACUACAUGUCGAGCAAGGAGCUGCUGUGCGCGCUCUGGUCGGAGGACUACGGAGAUGAGUGUCCCAACCCUGAUACACCUUCCAUUCUCAACAAGAAUAGUCUCCCUUCUAAAACUAAAAUACCGAACUCUUUAGGUCGCCCAUUCCUGUGGGCACAGAGAUUAGCAGGUAUAACGGGCUGGUCGAGUGAUGCUAAGCUGGAUGUUGCUACGAGCAGGGAGACAGUGCCUCACUUUCUGGAGGCCAUCAAACAGCGCUGCCUCGCCCGGCUCGCCCUUAAGUACCAGCUGAGAAACCUCACGACGAACCAGACUGUUAAAGAAGGGUCGAUCUCCCAACCGACUCUAUUAACAGAGAUUGGAUCCUGGAAGGAGGUUCAGUUGGACUCCCUCUCUGGCUCCUACCCUGAGCGUACACUCAAACAUAUUUCUGACAAGGAUACCCUGUAUGAGCUGGUGGUAAAAAGAGGUAAAACCUCCUGCAAGAGUCUCCUGACCCUCUCCCUGGAUUACCCUGUCACCCCUCCCUUCACCCUACUCCAAGUGGAGUCUCCAGCUGGUACAGCUACCUCCCACAACGACAACAAUGUCCGGGCUAUAGAGGAAGAGCUGAAUGUGCACAUAGACGAGCUCUACGAGAAGGGAGUAGAGUACGUGCUCACUAAGGUGGUCUGUAAACUGUGCAUGUGUUUGGAUGUGUAUGUCGAGGGAAUGGGAUUGGAGCCCCAGAUUAAGUUUUUUAUCAACAAGUUCAAGGGUCCUGAUAAUGUGCUGCCGUAUGUUUUUAACAGUGAUAAGCAGUAUUUUCAACAUCGGUAGGGUCUCGUUUGGAGAAGAUAUUGACAAACAUUUUAUAAAUUAUUAAUAUUUAACAAGAAUUUGACGGCAAAUCCAUGAUAUUGAAUUUGAUACCCUAACGUGAACAGUUGUAAUCCUUAUCAGGUUGCAAAUAUUCUAUUUGAGUAUUUUACUUUGAGUGCUGGCCCUAAUUCGGAACUCAUAUCUUUAUACAUGUAUAUUGUAUAAUUACAAUGUAUUAAUUAUUGAUAUCUUUUUAUCGCACAUCAAUUCUUAUGUCCCAAUUUGUUCAGCCCUUAUUCUUAGAAAUAGUUUUCUCACAGAAAUUAAGCAUAUAUUACAAAAAUUGAAACAUGAAUUCAAUUGAUCAGUAAAUAAUUGACAUCGUCGUGUUUACGCUCAGCGAAUUUAUUUCUUUCAUCAAAUAACCAAUUCAAUGGAAUCAAUUAUGACAAUUGCACAAAAACACAAAAUAUGUUUGCUGCGUUUUAACUUUUAUGUUUCCCACAUGGUUAAUUGUUCUAAAAAUGUAAAAAAGUAUAUAAUGUAAAAUUCGAGACCUCCUAAUUUUUCAAUACUAUUACUGUCAUGUUAAACCUUGCCUUAAUGCUCUAAUUCAUUUUCA